UGGACAGUUUGCUGUAGUGAAAAAAUGCCGCGAGAAAAGCACCGGUCAGCAGUUUGCAGCAAAAUUCAUCAAGAAACGGAGAACGAAAUCCAGCCGACGUGGAGUAAGCCGGGAAGAUAUCGAGCGAGAAGUCAGCAUACUGAAAGAGAUCCGACAUCCUAAUGUGAUCAUGCUGCAUGAUGUUUAUGAGAACAAAACAGAUGUCAUUCUCAUCCUGGAACUUGUUGCAGGUGGAGAGCUCUUCGACUUCUUAGCUGAGAAGGAAUCUCUCACAGAGGAGGAAGCCACAGAAUUUCUCAAGCAGAUACUUAAUGGCGUUCAGUAUCUUCACUCUCUGCAAAUUGCCCACUUUGAUCUUAAGCCUGAAAACAUAAUGUUGCUGGACAAGAAUGUACCAAAGCCUCGAAUCAAGAUUAUUGACUUUGGUUUAGCACACAGAAUUGACUUUGGAAAUGAAUUCAAAAAUAUCUUCGGAACACCAGAGUUUGUUGCUCCUGAAAUAGUAAAUUAUGAGCCUCUUGGUCUUGAAGCAGAUAUGUGGAGCAUUGGUGUAAUAACUUAUAUUCUUCUAAGUGGUGCAUCACCAUUUCUAGGAGAAACCAAACAGGAAACAUUAGCAAAUGUGUCUGCUGUGAAUUACGAAUUUGAAGAAGAGUUCUUCAGUAAUACCAGUGCCCUAGCUAAAGACUUUAUACAAAGACUUUUAGUCAAGGAUCCAAAGAAGAGAAUGACCAUUCAGGAUAGUUUGCUGCAUCCCUGGAUAAAGCCUAAAGACACUCAGCAAGCACGUAGUAGAAAAGCAUCUGCAGUGAAUAUGGAGAAAUUCAAAAAGUUUGCAGCACGACGAAAAUGGAAACAAUCAGUGCGUUUAAUAUCCUUGUGCCAAAGAUUAUCAAGAUCUUUCUUGUCCAGAAGUAACAUGAGUGUUGCUAGAAGUGAUGAUACUCUGGAUGAGGAAGAUUCUUUUGUGAUAAAAGCUAUUAUUCAUGCCAUCAACGAUGACAAUGUUCCUGGAUUACAGCACCUUCUGGGAUCUCUGACAAAUUAUGAUGUCAAUCAACCCAACAAGCAUGGAACACCUCCACUACUGAUUGCUGCUGGCUGUGGAAACAUCCAGAUGCUUCAGUUGCUUUUAAAGCGUGGAUCCCGUAUUGAUGUUCAAGAUAAGGCUGGAUCUAAUGCAAUCUAUUGGGCAUCUCGACAUGGUCAUGUAGAAACGCUGAAAUUUCUGAAUGAUAAUAAAUGUCCUUUGGAUGUUAAGGAUAAG